GGGCCUCUGAGGAGGCGGAACUACUUUGUCAGGAGUCGUGGUUUGCAAGGAGACGUCGUGGUCGGAUUGACAGCGGUGGGGGGGUAGGCGGGACUUCCGGCUGGCUCUUCCGUCAGCUGCCUUCCCCGGGCGUCUCCCCGCAACCUCCUCAACUUCCCUCGUCAGUGACACGGCGCCGGGCAGACAUCGACCGGACCGGGCUGGGGGAGCGCGAGCUGCAGUUAAAAGAAGAUGGAUGCACAGUGUUCACCCAAAGUCAAUGCCAGGAAGAGGAGAAAAGAGGCGCCCGGACCCAAUGGGGCAGCAGAGGAAGACGGGAUUCCUUCCAAAGUGCAGCGCUGUGCAGUUGGCUUGCGGCAACCAGCUCCUUUUUCUGAUGAAAUUGAAGUUGACUUUAGUAAGCCCUAUGUCAGGGUAACUAUGGAAGAAGCCAGUAGAGGAACUCCUUGUGAGCGGCCCGUGAGAGUUUAUGCCGAUGGAAUAUUUGACUUAUUUCACUCUGGUCAUGCCCGAGCUCUGAUGCAAGCGAAGAACCUUUUCCCUAAUACAUACCUCAUCGUGGGAGUUUGCAGCGAUGAGCUAACGCACAACUUCAAGGGCUUCACGGUGAUGAAUGAGAAUGAGCGCUACGAUGCAGUCCAGCACUGCCGCUAUGUGGAUGAGGUAGUGAGGAAUGCGCCCUGGACCCUCACACCUGAGUUCCUGGCAGAACACCGGAUUGAUUUUGUAGCCCACGAUGACAUCCCUUAUUCAUCUGCUGGCAGCGAUGAUGUCUAUAAGCACAUCAAGGAAGCAGGCAUGUUUGCUCCAACACAGAGGACAGAAGGCAUCUCCACAUCAGACAUCAUCACCCGAAUUGUGCGGGACUACGAUGUGUAUGCGCGGCGGAACCUGCAGCGGGGCUACACAGCGAAGGAGCUCAAUGUCAGCUUCAUCAACGAGAAGAAAUACCACUUGCAGGAGAGGGUUGAUAAAGUAAAGAAGAAAGUGAAAGAUGUGGAGGAAAAGUCAAAAGAAUUUGUUCAGAAGGUGGAGGAAAAAAGCAUUGACCUCAUUCAGAAAUGGGAGGAGAAGUCCCGAGAAUUCAUCGGAAGUUUUCUGGAAAUGUUUGGUCCAGAAGGAGCACUGAAACAUAUGCUGAAAGAGGGGAAAGGCCGGAUGCUCCAGGCCAUCAGUCCAAAGCAGAGUCCCAGCAGCAGCCCUGCUCGUGAACGCUCCCCCUCCCCCUCUUUCCGAUGGCCCUUCUCUGGCAAGACUUCCCCACCUUGCUCCCCAGCAAAUCUCUCCAGGCGCAAGGUGGCAGCCUAUGAUAUCAGUGAGGAUGAAGAAGACUAAUUUUUCCUCCCUCCUUUCCUCUCUUCUCCCCAUGUCCCAUUACCUUCAGAAACUCUCUGUUGAAUUCCAAAUUGUGACCCCAACACUAAACCUAAGGACAGCUACAAAGGAAAGACAACUGAGGCAAGAGGACCUAGGACUGGGGGAACCGAAACAGCCUAUCCUCCAGGAGACCUCACUCACCCCACCAAGGAGGUGGACUGCACCCUAGAAGCCUGCUCUGCAUCCAUUCACCCUCCCCAGGGUAUGUUCACGUUCAUGCUAUGUUCACGUGAUCUCGACAGGGAAAUUGUCAUUUUUAUUAAUUUUUUAAAUUAGUCUUUCAAAUGUAGAACUAGUUUUUUGCCCCUGAGGAGUGGGCAGAAGAAGGAGGCAGUGUAAUCCACAGAGGCCUUUUCUUCCUGGUCCACUAUAGCAUUUGCCUUCUGUUCUGAAGCAAAGUGGCUUGCCAAGUCCUUCCCGAAAUGAGCCGUGCUGAUGGGUAAUCUGUGGAGAAAUAUCCUAGUUUUGAUUUCCUUAAGGAAAGGCUAAAAGCCGAAUUACAGUCACAAAUCCCCUCAAUGUGCUGCUGUCACCAGUGCCACUGUGGCUGUGGGAAGAAGGAGAUCUGAGCCUCACUUUUCUUACUCCCUGAGGAGUUUCUUGUUGGACCCAAUGGGGUCCAUGAAGACACUGAUGGGGAUGGAACCAGACCCAUGGCAUCAACCGCAGUAUUUCUGCUGUGUUCAUCUUCUCAGAAAAUUCUGUUGCCCAGUUCUUUGGGAGCUUUCGUCAGUCUCUUUCCUUGCCAUCUACCUUUGAAGGAAGGAACACUUUUAGGGUGACUGAUAAGGAGCGGAGCGGCACAAUACUCAACCCUAUACCGAGUCCGUUGAGAGAGUUUCCUACUGGGAGUAAGUGCCUGGCCCUGCUACUCCUAUUUGAAUGCUAUUAAUAUUGCCUAGCCUUUUAGAAAGGGUACUUUGUAAAUGUCUGCCAUUGGAACUUGAUGUUAAUUCAUUUUGUUCACAGCCAUAUUGAAUAUUUGGAUUUGCAUUGAAUGUAGAAGCAAAAGCCUAAGGAAACACCUUCCUUUCUAAAGCAACAGCCUUAUCAUCUUGACCUCUGUCCCUCUUAAGAACAUUCUUCACUGGAACCAGUGCUCCACAGAGUGUUUCUUUCCCUCUGAGAGCUGCAGCUGGCAGGGACUUCCCUCCGCCGCCCCUCCAGCAAGCCACAGAGCAUACCCUCAUGUGACAAGAGUGUGGUAGCUUUUCUCCCCAUUUCUCACACACGCCUGGUGAUUGUGGCCCCAUCUCCUGCGUUAGCUUGCCCAGGGGAUUCAACACUUGGAUUUCAAAUCGAAGAAUGCUAAUGGUGAACCCUUGCUGUUGAGCAUGAUCUAACUUUCAAAGCCUCAGCCUGCCGUCUCCUUAGCUACAUGGAUUCGCAGAUCAUCAACCACCCGUGACCCUAUAGCUAGAUUCAGGGGGAAAUUGCUUAUGUCCAGGCCCCACCCCUGUCACUCAUAAAUACCCCUUGUGGGGGUGAAGUGUCACUGUUUUCAGCUCCGAAAACCACAUUUUCUCUUUUCUUGCCUCUCUGCUAGGACUGUGAGCAUCUCAUGGUCCACUCCCUGAACACUUCCUGGUAACACCUGUUCUUCCGCCUGAGGGUCAGAGGCUAGAAUCAUUGCCUGCACAGCAGGACUACCGAGGCUCUUAAAACUGGGAUUACCCAGGCCUGAUGCAGUGGCACACGCCUAUAAUCUCAACACUUUGGGAGGCUGAGGCUGGUGGAUCACUUAAGGCCAAGAGUUUGAGACCAGCCUGACCAACGUGGUGAAACCCCAUCUCUACUAAAAGUACAAAAAAUUAGCUGGGCAUGGUGGGACAUGCCUGUAAUCCCAGCUACUCCAGAGGCUGAGGCAGGAGAAUCCCUUGAACCCAGUAGGCGGAGGUUGCAGUGAGCUGAGAUGGCCAUUGCACUCCAUUCCAGCCUGGUUGACAAGGCAAGAUGCUGUCUCCAA